AUGAAGGAAACGGCAAUAGUUCUGCCGACUUCUUUGACUGAAGAAGAGAAAGCGUUGAAAGUGAUGUUUGAAAAGCUACGUGCAAUUCGAAAAGCAUUAUUAGUUGCGACAGGUGUUCAUAAGAGUGUUGCCAAUGAUACAGCAAAAAUUGAACGUAAAACUGCAAAAAGAAGCUUGCAAGAAGCUGAAGAGGCUACUGAGGAAGUUAAGAGAAAAGUUAUGUCGGGAGCGAUUAAUCUUGCAAAAUUAGAUGAAAAAAUUACAUUUAAACGUUCGAAAAUUGAGAAACGCAGGGAUAGUGGAAAACUAAAAUCCGAUGCUGAUUCGACACAUAUUAAUGAAACUCCAGCUGUCGAUGGUUUUGACACAUAUAAUUCAAGCGGUGAUGGUUUUGAUAAUUAUACUGCAGGUGAUGAUGGCUUUGAUAACUAUAAUAGUGGCAGUUUGGACAAUCACGCUUCUACAAAGCCAGUUCCGUGUAAUAUGGAAAAUCGAGGACCGACGUUGUAUAUACGAGGCUAUGAUCUUGUAGCUGAUACUUUGAAGAAAGCCUUCAGUGAAUUCGGGAAUGUGAUGUGGGUUAAUGUGGAAGAAUGUCAAAGGACGGCUUUUGUAACGUUAGGAAGUGCUGAGGAGGCUGAAAAAGCAAUUGAAGAGAUGGAUGGUUAUAUGGUUAAUGGAAUAACUUUACGAGUCUCCUUUGCUCGACGCCAAAAUCAACGCGGCCCUAUGAAACGUGAUGGCGGUCGUCAGCAAUAUGCCAACCACAAUAAACAACAAGAAACGGUCGAUUUGGCAAAUUUAUAUGGUUCAACCCCGUCUGAAUUAUAUGGUUCAACAUCGGCUGACUCGCUUUAUUCGACCCCUGCAGACUCGAAAGAGGAUGAUGGAUUUGCCACAUAUCAACCAUUCGAGAUGAAUGCUUCUGCUAAUGAUGGAUCUGAUGCACAAGAUUCGCAGAAUGAAGUUGAUAUUGCUAAUGAUGGUUUCGAUACUUAUACACCAUUUGGAAAUGAAGAUGUUGACAAGUCCCAUGAUACCAAAACAUAUGAAGAAAAUUCUUUCGAUAAUUAUAAGCCUUCAAAUGAAUCAAAUGAUGAUGGCUUUGAUAAUUAUCAGGCAACAAAAAAUGAUGGUGAUUCGGGCUUUGACAACUAUCAAACAUCACAAUCACAGACUGAUCAAAAUCAAAAUCAAAGCGUAUCACAUCAAAGUCGCGAUGAUGAUGGUGUUAGAGGUCCCGCAUUGUAUCUUCGUGGGCGUGAUUUGGAUGAAAAUUCACUGAGAAUUCUUUUUGAAAAAUUCGGCAGAAUAGUGAAAAUGCGAGUUGAGGAACAUAAAAGUUAUGUUGUAUCAUGCUUUUAA